UCCCCUGAGCCCCCUUCCCCAAAUCCCCCAUCCCCUGUCUCCACAAUGAUUUUGCUGAGCUGCUUCCUGCACCUGCGGCCCCGGCGCUGCGGGCCCUUGGCCGGGCUGGGCAGGGGGCUCGGCCCCGCCGCGGGGUCCCGCAGGGCUCUGCGGGUGCUGGUGGACAUGGACGGGGUGCUGGCCGACUUCGAGGGAGGCUUCCUCAAGAAAUUCAGGGCCAGGUACCCCGACAAGCCCUACAUUGCCCUGGAGGACCGGAGGGGUUUCUGGGUGUCGGAGCAGUACGGGCGCCUGGGACCCGAGCUGAGUGAGAAAGCCAUCAGCAUCUGGGAAUCCAAGAACUUCUUCAUCGAGCUGGACCCUCUCCCUGGGGCUGUGGAAGCUGUGAAGCAAAUGGCAAAUUUGGCAGACACUGAUGUGUUCAUCUGCACGAGCCCCAUCAAGAAGUACCGGUACUGCCCUUAUGAGAAGUAUGCCUGGGUGGAGAAGCACUUUGGCCCUGAAUUUCUUGAGCAGAUUGUUUUGACACGAGAUAAGACAGUGGUUUCUGCUGAUCUGCUUAUAGAUGACAGACCUGAUAUAAUAGGGGCAGAGCAGAACCCCAGCUGGGAGCACGUGCUCUUCACUGCCUGCCACAACAAGCACCUGCAGCUGAAGCCCCCCAGCCGCCGGCUGCACUCCUGGGCUGAUGACUGGAGGGCCAUUCUGGACAGCAAACGCCUCCCGCCCGGCCAGGCCACCUAAACCCAGCCCCUACAGCCACCUGGGGCUGCAGCCACCUGCCUUGUCCCUGUGGAGUCCUGCUGAAGGCCAGAACCACGGAUGGACAGACAGACAGACGCUGUCCCUGCUGCAGAGAGGAAGAGGAGGGUGAGCUGAAGCGCCACAGUCACCUGGACUUGAGAAACAGACCCCAAGCCAGCCCUGCCACAAGGGAGCAACAGCAGGAUUGUGCCUGUGGACCUGACAGCCUGGCUGGGGGCAUUUCCCACUGGCUCAUGGGGUCUCUGUGCUGCCUCUGCACCUCCACAGGGCCAGCCCAGCGAUUCUGAUGGACAAGGUCACCCUCAGCGUGUCACUGCCCUUGCCUGGUGCACUGCACGGCACAGACCAGCUCUCCAUCCUCCGAGAGAUGGAGACCUCCCUCUCCAUCCAUGAUCCCUGACGUUAUGGUCAGGGAUCAUGCGUGUGCUUUGUGUAGUCCUUGCAGGGUUUCAUCCCAAGGAGCUGCCUCAGGAGGUCUUUCCCACUGGCAGUGCCUGGAUCUGGGGAUGGGGGUGGCUGGGAGGGCAGGGAGAGCAGGCAGUGCUGUCCAGGCUCCCUGCUCUGGGGUUGUGUUGGUGGAGGAUUGUCACAAGCACACCCAUGGAUGCUCUUUGCAGUUCUCACAUACUGCAAGGGGAGAUAUUGGGGCGAUGUUGCUGUUAAAGGCUGGGGAGCUGUGCUGGUUUCAGGGUAGAGUUCAUUUUCUUCACAGAAUAUAAGCCACUUGUAUUCUUCACAGAAUACAAGCCACUGUGAAAAAAAUGAACUCUACCCUGGCCAAAACCAGCACUGGAGGCUGUAAGAGGUGCCCACGAGCUGUAUCACAGGGUAGUUUGUUCUGCAGCUCCACCACAGUCCCAGCUCUGGAUGUCUGGGGACAGAGUGUGCUGCCAGUCCCACUCCCCUGGUUCUGCAGAGAGGUGUUCAGUGCCUGGCUGCUGCAAAAGGGUCACAGCACACACAGCUGUACCAGCACCUCUGCCAGGGGACAGUGCAGGGGCUGCUGAGCUCUGGGAGCAGCCACCACUGCUGGGAAGCUGCAGUUGGCCACCAAAAAUGGAGGGUGUAGACUAAGGGGCAGCUCCAAGAGGGAUGUUUUUGGCAUAGCUGUGCCCACAGCCUCUUCCUCCCUUGUUUGUCUCAUUUUUGCUUCGCUGAGCCUGUACCAGUCCGGCCUUGAACUUCAGGGACCUGUCUGGCACAAGAAAACAGCAGCUGCUGCUGCUGCUCUUGGCCUCAGAGACACAUCCCAGCGUCUGGGAGAGCCUGGCAUCCCCUCCCUGCCUGUGCCCACUGUCCCGGGUGGGAGCUGGUGCUGGCCCACCCCAGGCAAAGCCCCAGGGAUGAGCUGGGUGUGUCACUGCUGACACCACAGAGGCCAUCGAACCCUGCUGCUGUGUGUCCCCACGCUGUCCAGGAUCCCACUGCCCUCCUGGCCCAAGGACUUGCUGGCUGCAGCAGUAAAAUUCCCCACUUGGACAUGUAAACCCACAGGGAGAGGUGGUAGCCAGGGCUUGGCUGGGGUUUGACACCCUGCCCUAUGUGCUCACCCCUUUGAUUUGCCUCUCCUGUGGGCCCCCUAUCUGUGAAAGUACAUGAACUUAAAGCUACAUAACCAACAAAUAAUGCAAUUCAGCAGUGGCAGCCAGACCCCUCCCGUUAUCCAGGACCUGGAGGGGUUCUGGAGUUGGUGCUUUGGAACCUGUGCCUUCCCUGGGUGCUGCAGGGCCAGGGAUGUGUUGCCUUGGGGCUUGCCCUGUUUUUUGGGACAGGGGGAGUUUACAGAGUAGGCAUGGUUGGCCCAGGGCAGUGGGACUUACAUACAUCUGUUUUUUCUUUCUUUCUUUCUUUCUUUUCAUUUUCCUUUUCUGUUUAAACCACUGUGUGUGUUUCUGUGUGGUGGGUUUGGUUUGGAGGGGUCUGUUUGGGAUGUGCAGCUACCUGAGGUGCAGCCUCCUGGCCAAGAGCUGCUUUGGCUGGAGGGUUUGCAGGCUGGGAACUGGGACAGUGUGAGAGCACCAUGGGCAGCUGUGCAGCUCCUGAACAUCAGGAACCCCUUGGCUGCACCAGACUUCCACAGGCUGCUGACCCCCCUGUAGAGCCAGGGUGACUUUGUGGGGUCCAAGCUGGUUUUUUUUUUCUAAUGGUACCAUGUAAAUAUGAGCUGCCUGAGCUCCCCAGAGCCUUCUCCCUGCUCACUGAGCCAAAACAAGCUGCCACAUUGCUCCAGCAGCUGCUCAAACCUGUCAUCUUCCCCCGAGGCUGGGGCAGACCCGAGGGAUGUGGCUCUCUGGGGCCAGCAGGGCUUUUCCCUGUGGUGAGAUGUGAUGCCAGAGAGAUCGUGUGGGUUCACACUGAAUAUACUUGAAAGCAGAGCUGGAGUUUCUCAUGCCUGAGGCUCCAACUCCAUGCACAGAGAUCCUGAGCUGGUAGCAGGACUGUUUGCUCCUACACUCAGGACUGGGAGAUGACUCCAUCACCGACACAUCCCGUUUGUUGUUGGAGCCUGUCUGUGUCCAGCUGAGGUACACAGACCUUUUAUUUUUGAAUGUACCUGUACAAACCCGAGGCAAAUGAUGAGCACUGCAAUAAACACUGGGUUGUUUGGCAUCCA